GAGCAGGACACAGACGUUAUUUUAUCUGGGGCUGCGCCGCCUGCGUGUCAAUUUUUCUCACGAACCAAACAGAAAAGACGCCCUCUUUAUUUUCCAUACUUCCUAUACUACCAAUAAACCCAAAGAGGGAAAUCUUAAUUAUACGCGAAUAAAGCAAUAAUGGCCUCCUCCAUUCUGUCUCCUACGCCGCCAACCUCUUCCUUUAUCAACAGCAAGAAAGAGUUGGGUCUCUCUGCUUUCCCUUCAACAUCCCAAAUUUUCAUUCAGAAAUGCAAGAAACCAGUGUCCAAGAGAAUCGUCUCAGUCAUGGCACCGCAGCAAACACAGCGCAAGCCGGCCACCACUGGCUCUGUCAAGACUGCAAUGACAAUGACAGAGAAGAUUCUGGCUAGGGCCUCAGAGAAACCUCAGUUGAGCCCUGGUGAAAAUGUUUGGGUUAAUGUUGAUGUAUUGAUGACACAUGAUGUUUGUGGCGCUGCUUCUUUUGGUAUCUUUAAGAAAGAAUUUGGUGAAAGUGCUAAGGUUUGGGACAGUGAAAAGAUUGUUGUUAUACCUGAUCAUUAUAUAUUCACAAGUGAUGAACGUGCAAAUCGUAAUGUGGAUACUUUGAGGGAUUUGUGCAUGGAGCAAAAUAUCAAGUACUUCUAUGACAUUAAGGAUCUUAGUAAUUUUAAGGCAAACCCUGAUUAUAAAGGUGUAUGCCAUGUUGCACUUGCCCAAGAAGGGCACUGCAGGCCUGGAGAGGUUCUGCUGGGGACAGACUCUCACACCUGUACUGCUGGAGCUUUUGGCCAAUUUGCUACAGGAAUUGGUAACACUGAUGCAGGUUUUGUAUUGGGCACAGGGAAGCUACUGCUCAAGGUCCCACCAACCCUGAGAUUUCUAAUGGAUGGUGAAAUGCCUCAUUAUUUGCUUGCAAAGGAUUUGAUUUUGCAAAUUAUUGGCGAAAUAUCUGUAGCUGGUGCAACAUAUAAAUCCAUGGAGUUUGUUGGCACAACUGUUGAAAGUUUAACUAUGGAAGAAAGGAUGACAUUAUGCAAUAUGGUAAUCGAAGCCGGUGGAAAGAAUGGUGUUGUUCCGGCUGAUGGUACUACAUUCAAGUACCUUGAGAACAAGACAUCUGUGCCCUAUGAACCUGUUUAUAGUGAUGCACAAGCAAGUUUUCUUUCUGAGUACAGAUUUGAUAUCUCAAAAUUGGAGCCCUUGGUGGCGAAGCCUCAUUCUCCUGGUAACCGUGCUUUGGCAAGAGAAUGCAAGGAUGUCAAAAUUGACAGAGUAUACAUUGGAUCCUGUACUGGUGGAAAAACAGAGGAUUUUCUUGCUGUGGCCAAAGUGUUUCUAGCUUCGGGCAAAAAGGUUAAAGUUCCUACAUUCCUUGUCCCUGCUACCCAGAAGGUUUGGAUGGACGUCUAUACUCUUAUAGUGCCAGGAUCUGGUGGCAAGACUUGCUCCCAGAUAUUUGAAGAAGCUGGCAAGCUUUCCCCUUGCAUCAAUGUCAUUCUGACCUUGAUAUUAAACAGGAGUAAACAAAGGAUUGGGGGAACUAUAAAUAUGAUGCAUUCAAAUUACCGUUCUCCAUACCUGCAACUGGUCUGUGUCUCAACUACAAAUAGAAACUUCCCAGGUCGGAUGGGGCACAAGGAAGGUCAGAUAUAUCUCGCCUCACCAUACACGGCAGCAGCAUCAGCUUUGACUGGUUAUGUCACUGAUCCAAGGGAGUUUUUGCAGUAAAAUGCUGAUGAUUGAUUAUAUAUCUUAUCGAGUAAUCUGUAGUGUUAGAUGUGUGACAAUGAAAUAUUACAGACAAAACAGGAUGAGUAGAAUAACAGAUGCCUUUGGCGAUUGUGUAAUGUUUUUGGUUGUUGUUGUCCUUGUUUCUUCAAGUUCAGUACCAUUAGUAGCAAAUGAAGUACCAGUUAUGCG